UGGUUUUUUCGUUCCGCAGCCGGCAUCUAUAAAUUGAGUGCAGGAUAACCCCCAUCGACUGGCAGGAUAAUGCCUUAUCCCCGCUUCAGCUAAAGUGUUUGUGAAGUUGUUUACCUAAAAGUAUUUCUGUGCUACGAAACGAAAAAUUCCCAACAAAACCCGAAAACAAAUUAAUUUUCGGUCCAAUUUAAUCGUUUAUUCGGAGAUUUAUAAGCAUGUGGCCACCCAGCUCCUGUCUGUGGUCGGCUCUCCUCGUCGGCCUCCUCAUGGUGGGCGUGGCCCAGGGGCAGAGCAACAGUCGAGAGAACUUCGAGGAUGCGGACAAGUCCAGCGAGUAUACGGAUCAGCAGUUCGACCUGCGGCACACGAUUCCCGGCGAACCCGGACUGGAUUAUCCCAUUCUGAGCUCCCCACCAAAGACGAGCUUUGUGUGCAAAGGAAGACAUGAAGGUUACUACGCAGACGUGGAGAGUCGUUGUCAGGCCUUCCGGAUUUGUGCCCAUACCGCGCGAACCGCUCAAGGAUUCGGAUUCCUCUGUCCCAACGGAACCCUCUUCAGCCAGAAGAACUUUGUGUGCGAUUGGUACCGCAAUGUGAACUGCGAUGAGUCCGAGAGAUUCUAUGAAAUGAACGAGGAGAAAACCGUGGGCAGCACCCACGAGAUGAUGGAGCGAGUGCGUCACAUGAUGGAGUAUCCCAUGAAAACGAUCUCGAAGGCAUUGCAACAGACCCAAUCUCAGUCGCAGAAACCACACCAAAGUUUGAGCAAGGAUCUGAGUGGAGCUAGUGGUGUUUUGAGUCAACCAGCGGCUAUUCAGAACAAAGAUGUCCAGGAAACGCAAGUGGUUGGACGUGGAGAAGCCGUGAAAAGUGAGCCACUGAAUGCUGUGAAAACGGGAAGCUCUCCUCUGGAAAACGAAGACGAGGGUAUCUAUGUGAAUAGCUUGGGAGAACUUUCCUCAGAUCCUGGUAUUCAGUUUGAUCACACCAAUGCUCAUAUCGUGGCGGAAUAUCCCAGGGAAUAUCACUACCAAAAGCAGAAGAACUUUGCCGAGCGUGUGAAUGCUGGCUUGGACGUCCUAACCGAUACGGAAUCCACCUCUGGGGAGGUGAUAGCUCCCGAUUACAUGAAGCACAUUCGGAACACCAAGGACGAGGCGGUGCAACUGGAUCUUGUGUCAAAUAUCAACAACCUGCUGGAUGAGGUAUCCACCGAUGUGGAUCCCUCCGUUUCCGGCUACCAAUCCAUGGCUCCGCCGAAGGUUAAGCAGCCCUUCCGAUUCCUGAGUCGAGGCUUCUCGAUGCAGGGCGAGAAUGGAAAGGGCAGUUCAUCGGCGGGCUAUGGUUACAUUAAACCCAAGCAGACGCCCAGCACUGUCAGAUUUACGCCCAAUGAGAUACCCACUGAUGAUCACAAAUCCAUUGAAACCAAACACAAGUUCUCGAAAAGUACCUCAAGUACCAGCAGCACCACUUCGACAACCACUGAAUCUGUAGAACAACUGCUGAUAGCACCCACUUUGCCACCCGCUGAGGAGGAGGAAGUGACCACAACAGCAACACCUGAGGCUACCUCCACCUCAGCAGCAGAACCACUUAGCUUCUUGGCCCCUCCUCCAGAAGUUGUGUCUACGGGGGAAGUACCGCCCAUCGAGUCCCUUGGCCAGGCAGCUGCUCUUACCGCCAGUCUGCCGAUUAGCGAGGAUGUAGUCCCAGUGGAACUGAGUCCCGAAUCCGCUGAAAAGAACGAUGUGCAUCAGGAGGCAGCCAAGUUGCUGCUGGCAGGUGUGCAGCUCACCUCGCACAACGAAGAGAAGGCCUUGGAGAGGAACGAAAUAGAGGUCACCAGUACCACAACCAGCAGUCCCAUCACCCCAGUCAUGCUCACAUCCACUGAAGUGGUGACCGAGAUCAGUAGCACUCAGGAGCGCAUUCGUGGCUACCGGAAGAAUCGUCCUGGCGCCAUGUUAAAGCGAGCUCACAUUCGUCCCUUGCCCGUGGUGCGCACCACCACGGCAGCCACCACGCAGAGGAGCACUGCACCCACCAGGAGUUACCUGGAACGCCUGGCAGCGAGUAGGCUGCGCCUCUCCAGACUCUCCCAGGCCACCAGGAGCACAUCUACGACCCAACCCAGUACAACAACACCAGCCACGACAACCACGACGGUGUCCUCCUUCCAGCAAAUCCGUGGUGCUGCUGAACCGGGUCCGAAUAAGAAGCUCACAGUGCGCGACAUUGAUCGCGAGACCAGGAUUGCACCCAGCAAGGCCAGCUGGGACUCGGUGCACAGCAACCUGCAGCGUUUCCAGGUGCAACGCGGCAAUCGAGUGUACACACCAGCAACGCGAGCUUCUGUUAGCAAUGUGGGAGUCACCAGUAGUACAACUACCACCCAAAGGAGCUUCAUCAUAGCCACUUCCACCCCACGAUCAACGGUUACUAUAAAUCGUGGAAAGAAUCGCUACUCCAACUUCAAAACCCAGGCGCCCGUGCAGAGAACUCGGGGAACCACCACACCCAGGAGCACCACAUUGCGACCCACUUCGUCGCUCUCCUCGCUGAACCAACACAUUUCCGCUCUGGCAUCGAACUAUAAUGCUGGCUAUCAGAUCAGCAAACCCAUCCAACAGUCACCACUGUCACCAUCACACGUUUAUGCCACACACACCGCCAGCGAUAUCGCUGCCCACGCCUCCCAAUCCCAAACCACAUCCAGCCUUUCCCCCGCCUCCGCUUUCCUUUCCUUCGAUAAGUUAACCCGUGCCAUUGUUGACGAGUCCGUUUUGCAGAAUUUCAAGAGUGCCCAGUCGCAGGGUUCCAACCAACAGCAGCAACAUCAAGCGGUCAAGCAGCAACAUCACUCCGUCAGCAGCAGCUACGUUAAGCCAGCAGCAGCGCCAGCUAUUUCCAGUCUGACAGCACCGCCUCGUCCUCAGUUAUCUGAGCUACCGCCUCCGCCCGGAAUUGUGAUUGCUCGCGCUGAAGGUCAACGUAUUGCUCCCAACUCCGCCAGCAACAUCAUCUCAAACUUGGCCACCCAAGCACCACCCGCUACUAGUAACCAAGGCAACUCGUAUGUUUCGCUCAACGAUUUUCUGAACAACAAGUUCGGUCAGAGUCCUGCUAGCAGCAGCAAUAUUGCACCUACUGCAUCCUUGCAACAGCAACAGCGAGUGCCGCAACAGCAGCAGCAAUAUUAUCAGCAGCAAACCGUUCAGCAACAACGCGGGCAAAAGCAGCCUGUACAGCAUCAACGUCAGUCUGUGCAGCAGCAGCAACAUCAGACUGUACAACAGCAACAUCAGCCUGUACAACAGCAACGUCCAGCUGUGCAGCAGCAAUUGAGUUUUAUAUCACAGCAAUACCAACAGCCUCAGCAGCAACAGACUAUCUACCAGCAGUACCAACAGCCACAGCAGCAGCACUUCCAGCAACAACAGUUCCAGCAGCAGCAACAGCAACACCAACGUCCCACCAUUCACACCAUCCAGCAACCCUAUUUGACGCCCAACAUUUUCGUGCCCUACCAGCAGCAGCAACAGCAAUUGCCGCAGUUCCCGCCUCUGGCUCCUCCGGUGGCCGUGGCCACGGGGAAUAUUGCUCAGGGACCCGUGAUUGCCGGACGCCAUGUGGAUCACCUGAAUGUGCAGCUGCCCACGCUGGGAAAUGGCUUGAUACCCGGACUGCAGUUGGCCCAGAAGCGCAGUGAUGUGUCGGCCAGUCAGCUGCAACUCACGGAUACGAAUGGCAAGGGAAGCUUAAGCCUCUCCGGAUCUGGAAAGAGCCGGGAACGAGCCUUCUACGCCGGACGCACAUCCUAUGAUGUUCCCCAGAGCAGCGUGGGUCGGUUGCCCAAUGAUGUUACGCAGCAGCUGCGCAGGAGAUUGCGUCGCUUCUAGACGAGAUUUCGAGAUUAACGAGCUAGGACUAGUAGAACCUUAACUUAUAGCUAAAUUAGUAAACUAUUUAUGCCUAAGCUAAGUCGACAAUUGUUCAAAAUCCAUACUCUAUUCGUAUGUAUGUGUGUGUAUAUUUUUGCAUAUUUAUUGAUAAAUAAAACGAAAAAUUUACAAAAA